AUGCUUCGACGAACAUUACAAUGUUUUGUUGGGGCUAAGUGGUUGACACCAGGAUGUGUGCCACUCCGCGAGAGUGAUCCUGAAAUACACAACCUCAUCCAAUCUGAGCUGCGACGUCAACGGGAGGGAUUGGAACUUAUCGCCUCUGAGAACUUCACAUCACGCGCCGUAUUGGAUUGUCUUGGUUCUAUUCUAACAAACAAAUACGCAGAGGGUCUUCCUGGGCAUCGUUACUAUGGUGGUACGGAUGUAGUGGAUGAAGUGGAGCGGUUGUGCUGCCGCCGCGCCCUCACCGCAUUUCGGCUUGAUCCCACACAGUGGGGUGUUAACGUGCAGCCCUACAGUGGAUCACCGGCGAACUUCGCAGUAUAUAUUGCCCUUUUGCAGCCCCAUGAUCGCAUAAUGGGUCUUGAUCUCCCCGCUGGUGGGCACCUCACUCACGGUUAUUAUACAGCCCAGCGUCGUAUUUCAGCGAGCUCUAUCUUUUUUGAAUCCCUGCCGUAUGGUCUCACCGCAGAGGGUGUGGUGGACUAUGAGGCUCUGCGCCGCACAGCAGAGGUGUAUAAACCCAAACUUAUCAUCGCCGGUGGUUCUGCUUAUCCUCUCGAUUGGGACUACAAACGUUACCGUGAGAUAUGUGAUGCUGUUGGGGCUCUUCUUAUGGUGGAUAUGGCACACAUAUCAGGAUUGAUAGCCGCUCAGGAACAUAAUGAUCCUUUUAUGUAUGCAGAUAUAGUAACAUCUACAACACAUAAAACACUUCGAGGGCCACGAUCUGGUCUUAUCUUCUUUAGGAAGCAAAUUACACGUGGAAAAGAAGUAAUCCAUACAGAAGAUCGUAUUAAUAAUGCGGUGUUUCCUGCAUUACAAGGUGGUCCACAUAUGCAUCAAAUAGCAGCUGUAGCCACACAAUUAAAAGAAGUCAAUACCCCUCUUUUUAAGGAAUAUAUUAUUCAAGUAAAGAAAAAUGCUAAAUCUUUGGCUAAGGCUCUUAUGGAUAAUGGACAUUACUUGGUAUGUAAUGGUACAGAGAAUCACCUUAUGCUGUGGAAUUUACGACAACAUGGUAUAACGGGAUCAAAGGUUGAGAAAUUGUUAGAUGAGGUUCAUAUUACGGUAAACAAAAAUACAAUCGUAGGUGAUAAAAGUGCCUUGGUACCUGGUGGUGUAAGGCUUGGAACACCUGCCCUCACUACUCGUGGGCUAAAUGAAAAGGAUUUUGCACAAGUUGCACAGUUUCUAAUUCGGGGUGUGGAGAUAGGCAAACGUCUACAAAAGGAAAAUCCCUCUUAUAAGUUAGUGGAGUUUGUGCAAGCCUGUAAAAAUGACGCAGAUAUUAAGCAUCUCGCAAAGGAAGUAGAAUUGUUCUCUCAUCAAUUCCCUUUUCCUACUGCUACUACUACUACUACUUCUUAG